AUGCAGCGGAGGCUUCUGGUGAUCAGCUCUCUCUCUCUCUCUCUCUCUCUCUCUCUCUCUCUUGCAAACGACGGCUUCGGGGCAAGCGAGGAGGACAAGCGAGCAGACGCGACCGUGCUUGCUCUGAAGGAAUUGGCCACAGACACGCGGUGGAUGAGCGCGGUCGAGACCGGAGGAGGAAUCAGGAGGAAGGAGGAAGGUUUAGGUGGGUUGAGGUGUGUGUGGAUGGAUCAUGGCGUGGUAUACCGUGAUACCAUUGUAUUUGCUCGCAUGCAUGCAGCAAAGGGAAGGGCGGGCGCGCAAGCUAAUUUGGGUGGACCUGCCGAAAGCAUCCGUCGGUUUGACUUGCAAGCCGAAUCUGUAUUGCCAACCACAUCACUCCUGUCGUUCUUACGCACGAUAGUCUGUCAGCAAGCUUACUUGAAGCGCGUCAUCUCACUCUUUACCCUCGACUGCCAUCGCCUGGAUCUUACUACGCGACUUCACACACACACACACUCAUAUACACACAUUCUCUCACAUCUGGACUCGGGAUCCAAUCUAAACCACCCGGCCUCCACGGACAUUUACAUUUACACCCACGAACCCAACAACCUUACAUUCUCCCGUUCACAUCAACCACCAACCUUUCAACCAACUCAACCCAACCCAAAGAACAACCCCAACCACACAACCAUGCCUUCCUCCCCCAGCCGCACAAACCGCUUCCAAUCCUUCACCCCCCUCCGCAGCAACACCUCCUCCCUACGCCGCCUCCGCACAGCCUUCAGCCCAACCCGCACCUCCUUGCGCUCCGCCUCCCCUUCCUCCUCCUCCAUCACCAGCACAUCCACCACCUCGCCCCUCACCCGCAACUCGUCGCCCCACAGCUACCGCUCCACUUCGACAACCGCUGCCUCGAUCCGCCAGCUCCUCGCCGUUCGCCACAAGCCUAGCGUCAUCGAGUUUGAGAUGCAGCAGGAGAGGCAGGUGUUUGGGCUUGGGCUCGAUGUGCUGGAGCCGAGACCGAGUUUGGGUGAGGAUGUGGGUGUUGUGGGUAUUUUUGAGGUGUUGAGUGGCAAGUGUUGA